UCCGGGCAGGCGGAGCAGCGGACGUGCAGGGCGGAGGCGCAGUCUGCACCAUGGCGUACCCCGGGCACCCUGGCGCCGGCGGCGGGUACUACCCAGGCGGGUAUGGAGGGGCUCCUGGAGGGCCUGCGUUCCCCGGACAAACUCAGGAUCCGCUCUACGGUUACUUCGCUGCUGUGGCUGGACAGGAUGGGCAAAUUGAUGCUGACGAGCUACAGAGAUGUCUAACACAGUCUGGCAUUGCUGGAGGAUACAAACCUUUUAAUCUGGAGACUUGUCGCCUUAUGGUUUCAAUGUUGGACAGAGAUAUGUCUGGCACCAUGGGAUUCAAUGAAUUUAAAGAGCUCUGGGCUGUGCUGAAUGGCUGGAGACAGCACUUCAUCAGUUUUGACAGCGAUAGGAGUGGAACAGUGGAUCCCCAGGAACUCCAGAAGGCCUUGACCACAAUGGGAUUCAGGUUGAACCCCCAAACUGUGAACUCAAUUGCGAAGCGCUACAGCACCAGUGGGAAGAUCACCUUUGAUGACUACAUCGCCUGCUGCGUCAAGCUGAGAGCUCUCACAGAUAGCUUUCGAAGACGGGAUUCUGCUCAACAAGGAAUGGUGAAUUUUUCAUACGAUGAUUUCAUUCAGUGUGUCAUGACUGUCUAAGUCACGAGGAGGCUGUCUGAAUACACUCAACAUUCCAGCUGGAGCCCGCCCUUGCUUCCUCCCGGCCUACAGUGCUGUGUGCAGAUCUCCACCGACACUCCUGACAACCGUUGAAUGGGAUUAUGGCUUUAUAUAUGACCGAAGCUUCAUUUGUAAUUUUGAUAAUAAAUUCUUGAAGUUCAA